UGUGAUUGGAUUUGGGGUGAAAGUCACGUUUUGUGGGAUUUUGGGGAAGAUUGGAGGUAAAAAAGUCACAUUCGGGCGGAUUUGAGCUCCCCCUCACACCCCGUCGUGCGAGGCCAUGGCGGCUCUGGCCAGUUCAUUGAUCCGGCAGCGUCGGGGGGGUCGUGAGGUGCCCCCCCAGCGCCCCCCCGGUCCCCAACGCCCCCCCGGCACCCCCGGGCCCCCCUCCCUCUGCCAGCAGCAGCUCCGAGGUCUCGUCGCCAAAGUGAGGGGCUGCGGGCGACGGCGGCGGCCGCGCGAGAAACCCCCCGAGCCGCAGCUUCGAGGCGCCGUCGCGAGACUGCGCUGCGGCCACGGGCACUUCCUGCACAUGGGCCCCGACGGCAGAGUGGAUGGAACCCGCGAGGAGGCGGGGCCGGGCACGCUCUUCAACCUGAUCCCCGUGGGGCUCCGCGUCGUCGCCAUCCAGGGCCUCCGCGCCGGCCGCUACCUCGCCAUGAGCGGCGCCGGGCUCGUCUACGCCUCCGUUCACUUCACGGCUGAGUGCCGCUUCAAGGAGGGCGUUUUCGAGGGCUCGCACGUGCUCUACGCCUCUGCCCUGUACCGACAGCGGCGCUCGGGGCGCGCCUGGUACCUCGGCCUCGACCGCCACGGCCGCCCCAUGGCCGGGCACCGCGUGCGCAAGGAGAAGGCGGCCGCGCACUUCCUGCCCCAGCUGCUCGAGGUCGCUCUGUACCGGGAGCCAUCGCUGCAUGAGGUGGAGGAGCCGCCGGGGGCUCCUCCCGAGGCCACGUAGCCCCGAACCUGCGACCCCAAACUGGUGACCUCGCACCCAAAUCGGCCAUUUCUGACCCCAAACUGGUGACCUCGCACCCAAAUCGGCCAUUUCUGACCCCAAACUGGUGACCUCGCACCCAAACCGGCCAUUUCUGACCCCAAACUGGUGACCUCGCACCCAAAACGGC